GCCCCGUUGCAGCAAACCUCUGUAUUUCGCGAUGAAUUUGCCGGAGGAAUGCUGGGAAUUGAUCUUUGAAUCCCUCCAUCACCUCUGUCACUUGGAAUCCCUUUCUUUAGUCUGCACUUCGUUCCUCGCCGUCUCCAACAGCGUCCGCCACACUCUCUCUAUCACUCCCCAAACAGUUCCCUACCUCUCCGUGAUUCUCCACAGAUUCCAUAAUCUCAAGAAAAUUGUCAUCCCUCAAUUCCAUGGAGAUCUAGAUUCUAUUCUCUCUCAGAUUUCACGAUCUCGUUUGGAUCUCCAAUCGCUUACUCUCUGUAAUCAGAGAACUUUUCCAGCACUAGGUUUUCGAGAAUUGGGCUCAAGGAUGAAGAAUUUGAGGGAAUUGAAUUGCUCCAUCACUUCAUCUUUGAAGGACAGCGAUCUGAUAGUGAUUGGCAAUUCAUUCCCUUCUCUUGAAGAGAUCGACAUAAGCUAUCCAGAGAGUGGCCACAGUUUUUAUUUCCGAAACAUGUAUUUGCAUUCGACGUCAGUUUCGAGUUUCGUUACUGAUUCUGGGAUUCUAGCUUUGUCGAAGAAGCUCAGAGGAUUGCGCAAAAUUAAUCUUUCUGUGGAUGGAAUUGGAAUUCCUACCAGUGAGUCGUGGUUUGAAGAAUCCUUUCAGUUUGCUAGAGGUUUGCGUGAACUUGAUCUCUCUAAUUCCUCCAUCUCCGAUCAGUUGCUCUGCUUGAUUGCGGAGGCUGGCCUUCCGCUGAAGAAGCUUCUGCUCUCUCAUUGCUGUUGUUUCACGUUAGUAGGAAUUUCAACUUUGUUGUCUAAAUACCAGUCUCUUCUGUACUUGGAUCUUGAAGGAGCAAACUUCCUGACUGAUGAUUCAUUAAUUUUGUUGAGCUACUUUCUUCACGAUUUAACGUUUAUAAAUCUUAGCUCAUGUUCUAAGUUAACCAACUCGGCAUUCUUUGCUAUUCUCAAAAACUGUCCCCUGCUAAAUGAUAUCGAAAUGAAGAAUACAAAUCUUGGGGUGGAAGAAUUUAGUAUGGAAGUUGUGAAGAAUUACCGAGUGAAAUCUCUUCUUUUGGAUGGGAAUUAUAGUUUGGAUGAUGAAUUCAUAAAAAAAGUUGCGUAUGCUUGUCCCCAUUUACAAGUGCUAGGUGUUAGCCAUUGUUCAGGUAUUACAGAAGAAGGUAUAGUUGAAAUAAUGAAGAAUUGUUUUAAGCUUAGGAAUCUGGAUUUUAGCAGAUGUGGGGGGGAGAUAAAGAAUCUUGAUAUAGACUUUUCAUUUGCAAGGCUAGAGGUUUUGAAAGCACAAGGAACAGGAAUUGAUGAUGAGACAUUGGUAGUGAUAGGAAAAGGAUGUUAUGGGUUGGUGCAUUUGGAUUUGGAAGGUUGUUUUUAUGUGACAGACAGAGGGGUGAAGGAAUUGGUAGAAACUUGCAGAGCACUAAGGGAGAUAAACUUGAAAUGGUGUUCUAAUGUCAGUAUUGACAUUGUAGCUUGGAUGGUUUUUUCAAGGCCAUCACUCAGGAAAAUAAUUCCACCAUCUGGCUUUGUUCCCACUGAAAACCAAAGGAGCUUCUUCUUGAACCAUGGCUGUCUAGUCUGUGAUGGCUAGUUUUCAAAAACCCCAAAUGGGACUACCUUGUCAAUUCUUGUGACUCGAAGUAUUCUUUCAUUUUUGGUGAAACUCUUGAACCUUAAUGUUUGUUUCUAUUUGCAAUUUCUCUGCAUAACUCUUGUAUCUCAAGUUCACGGAAUAAUAAUAAUUCAA